CUGGUGCCGUUCAGGCUGCUCCUGUCAUUGACUGGGGUGGUGGACAGAGAGGCCAAAUGAUCCAGUGAAAGGGGCGACGAGUCCAGCCCAGCAUGGACUGCUGCCCGCCAUAGUUAGUGCAGCUUUUAUUUUUAUUUUUAUUUGUUUUUCAGUCUAGCCUUUUUUUUUAUCGGCUGAAAGUUUUCGCUGCUGUGAAAAAAGACGACAAUGGAUCGAGUGAAAAGCUCCAUGCAGCAAGUACCCAACGCUAUUCCCAAAGUGAUCCGACGGACUGGAGGGGCCAACAGCCUGGAGCUGGAGAAGGAAAACUUUGAGAGAGGGCAGGCUGUCAGCAUCAAUAAGGCCAUCAACACACAGGAGGUUGCUGUCAAAGAGAAGCAUGCCAGGACCUGCAUCUUGGGAACCCAUCAUGAGAAAGGCGCCCACACUUUCUGGGCAGCGGUCAACCGGCUUCCUCUCUCCAGCAACGCAGUGCUCUGCUGGAAGUUCUGCCACGUCUUCCACAAGCUGCUGCGAGACGGCCAUCCAAACGUGAUAAAGGACUCCAUGAGGAACAAGGCUGAUUUAACUGAUAUGAGCAGGAUGUGGGGUCACCUGAGUGAAGGCUAUGGGAAGCUGUGCAGCAUCUACCUCAAACUGCUCAUCACCAAAAUGGAGUUUCAUAUCAAAAACCCUCGUUUCCCCGGCAACCUACAGAUGUCAAACCGACAGCUCGACGAGGCUGGAGAGAACGACGUUAACAACUUCUUCCAGUUGACAGUAGAGAUGUUUGACUACCUGGAGUGUGAGCUCAACCUCUUCCUGGGUGUAUUUAGCUCUCUAGACAUGUCUCGGUCGGUGUCCGUGACAGCGGCGGGCCAGUGUCGCCUGGCCCCCCUCAUCCAAGUCAUCCUGGACAGCAGCCACCUGUAUGACUACACCGUCAAGCUGCUGUUUAAGCUGCACUCCUGCCUUCCAGCAGACACUCUCCAGGGCCACAGAGAUCGCUUCCAGGAACAGUUUAAGAAAUUAAAGAGUCUGUUCUAUCGCUCCAGUAACUUGCAGUAUUUCAAGAGGCUGAUUCAGAUCCCACAGUUGCCUGAGAACCCUCCUAACUUCCUGCGUGCGUCGGCUCUGUCGGAGCACAUCAGCCCUGUGGUCGUGAUCCCCGCCGAGUCGUCGUCCCCCGAGUUGGAGCACGUGGUGGAGACAGACGACCUGGUGGACACGGACGUCCCUGUGUUGCCGGCUGCUUUGGAGACCAAGUUUGACGACCUGUUUGGCACCUCGGCUGCUAUAGACCCCUUCAACUUCAACAGUCAGAACGGCAUGCGGAAGGACGACAAAGACCGUCUCAUUGAACAGCUGACAAGGGAGAUCCAGGCCCUGAAAGACGAGCUGGAAUCUUUCAGACUGGAGAGUGGUCGCUUGUGUCAGGCCCUGAGGGGGCGUGUCAAUGAGCUGGAGGCGGAGCUUGCAGAGCAGAGCCACCUGAGGCUGCAGGCGGCAGGAGAGAGCGAGUUCUUGAAGGCGGAGCUGGACGACCUGCGGAGGGUCCGAGAGGACACGGAGAAGGAGCAGCGGAGCCUGACGGAGAUAGAGAAAAAAGCUCAGGCCAAUGAGCAGCGCUACACCAAACUGAAGGAGAAGUACUCAGAGCUGGUUCAGAGUCAUGCAGACCUGCUGAGGAAGAACGCAGAGGUGACCCGGCAGAUGACGGUGGCUCGUGCAGCACAGGACGAAGUGGACGCAGUGAGGAGAGAGAUGCAAGAGAAGGUGAAGGCCGCUCAGGAGGUUGCAGACAGACAGGAGAGGGAGCAGCUGGAGCAGCUUCAGGAGCUCCAGAGAGAGCUGGUGUCCAGCAGGACGGAGCUGGACUCCCUGAAGACCACCAUGGCCUCGUCACAACAGUCAAGUGAGGUGCUCGGCGACCAGCUGGUUGCCCUUGAGUCUGAGAAGGCGGAGCUGGUGCAGUCCUUGUCGAAGGUGGAGGCAGAGCUGGCUGCCCGAGGGGAGGAGCUAGAACGAGUACAGAGCUCGCUGGCGACUGAAAGGGAGAGCGGGGUGAAGACGGCAGAAGCCCUGCAGAAUCAGCUCAAUGAGAAGGAGAGCAGGGAGCAGUCGUUGGAGAGCCAGCUGGUUACAGCUCGCUGGUCCAGUCUGCAGGGAGCUGUGGAGGAGGCGGAGAAGAUCAUUCAGGAUUCUCUGGCUCAGAUAGACGACCCAGUGCACAUCAGCUGCACCAGCUCUGCAGACUACCUAGCAUCCAGAUGUCAGGCCUCUUUAGACUGUAUAGACCGACUGCAUUCUGCCAGAGAGGCCUUCCUGGCUGACAACACAGGUGUAUCUGAGCUGGUACGAGUGGUGACCCAGUGUGGCCACCUGGUGGGAGACACCAUCGUUCAGGGUAGUGCCACCUCCCACAUGGUGCCUGUGGAGCAAGCUGAUGCCCUCUCAGAGAGUGUGAAGGCGUGUGGGGCCGAAGCUCUGGCUCUGCUGGGCCAGAUGAAGCAGCAGGACAGCCUGACUGCAGCAGACAGCAGCAAGCUGAAGGCGGCUCUGGAGGCCAUUCUGGCCACCGCAGAGAAACUGCGUCCUCGGGGUUUGGAGCUACAGCAGGGGGAGCUGGGAGAUCUAGUGGAGCAGGAAAUGGCUGCCACCUCUGCUGCUGUGGAAUCGGCAGCUACCAGGAUAGAGGAAAUGCUCAACAAGACCCGAGCAGUUGAUACAGGAAUCAAGAUGGAAGUCAAUGAGAGGAUUUUGGCCUCCUGCACAGAGCUGAUGCGGGCGAUCAAGCAGCUCGUUCUGUCUUCCAAGAAUCUGCAAAAGGACAUCGUGGAGAGUGGCAGGGGGGCAGCCUCCAUGAAGGAAUUUUAUGCCAAGAACUCCCGCUGGACUGAGGGCCUGAUCUCUGCCUCCAAAGCAGUGGGAUGGGGCGCCACGGUCAUGGUAGACGCUGCUGAUCUGGUGGUGCAGGGCAAAGGGAAGUUUGAGGAGUUGAUGGUGUGUUCACAUGAAAUAGCUGCCAGCACAGCCCAGCUAGUGGCUGCCUCUAAGGUAAAAGCAGACAAAGACAGCGGCAACCUGCACCGCCUACAGCAGGCAUCCCGAGGCGUCACGCAGGCCACCGCAGCUGUCGUGGCCUCCACCAAGUCUGGGAAGUCCCAGAUUGAAGAAACAGAUACAAUGGACUUCUCCAGCAUGACUCUCACCCAGAUCAAACGACAAGAGAUGGAUGCACAGGUCCUGGUUCUGGAGCUGGAGACUCGUCUCCAGAAGGAGCGAGAGCGUCUCGGCGAGCUGAGGAAGAAACAUUACGAGCUGGCUGGGGUAGCGGAGGGUUGGGGCGAGCAAGAAGAGGGCACAGGUUGAGACCUGCUUCCCCCUCCUCUCCCAGAAGACCGGCUUCUGUCUGCCUCUUUCUAUUUAUACACUACUCACUGUCUUGUUUUCUUCUCUCUUUUGUGUUCGUUUGUUAUCUAAGCCAAAUUGAAAGGUGCUUCUUUUUUAAACCUGCUUCUCCAUCCGUGUCCAAAAGCUUCCACAAAGGACAGCACCCAGGGCUCAGCAACGGGGGGGUGGGGGUGGGGAGUCCAAGGGAGGUACAAAUGGAUAUAAGGAGUGGUGUUCAUGGUCUCACCCCCCCACGCCCCCACCCCCGCCUCUACCCUAGGACUGUGUUGGUGAAAAGCAGUUGAAGUGAAGAGGACUCAUUCUACCGAGUAUUUAUUGUCUUUUUCCCCCCGGUUUUUAAUAACGGCGCUUUGUCAAGGAGUCACAGCGGAGAGGCUACGAGCACAAGUUCUACUCGAGACAUCCCAGGAUGCACUACACAAGGGCCAAACUUUCAGCAUCAAGAGGGGAGAUCAGUGACAGUUCUUGCCCUACGCCAGCCCCAAAAUCAUGUCUCUGUGUCACAUAUAGCAUCAUAUAGAUGGCAUGCAUGCUCUCCUACUAAGCCUGAGCUGCUCUUUAUUGGUCUUUAUCGCCCUCCCAAGUUUCUUCCUAUUCUUUUCCCACUGUGAGUUAUCACCAUAUUAAGUCCAUACCGCUUAACUGGCUGGUUUACUGGACUUUCUGCCUUUCAACUCUCCACCAUUGUAACGACCGCGACUGUUAACUCGAGUCAACACCCUUUUUUAUUUUAUUGUUUUUUUAAAAGAGGCUUGCAUGGAAAAUUUGAAAACCGCUCCAAACUGGGGAGUACUUUCAAAACAGGAAUGUAGCAGCGUUUGUUUUCUCUCAACAGUCUUCUCCCUGUGAGCUUUGAGACUGCCAACUACUUCAUGCCACAUCGUCAGAGGUAGCAGUGCAUCAUGGGUAGGACUGAUGAGAGAGAAUCUGUUGCUGAAACAUUAAAGACAUGGGGUCAUUUUUCUCAUUUCCCUUUUUUUUUAUUUUUUUUAUUAGUUAAAGGUAGGAAAGGGGGCCGUGGGAUGAAAACCCCUUUUUUUAUAUAAUAAAAAGCAACAACAGUUCAAUUCUUGUAGAUAAAAAGAAAAAGUUGGUAAAUAAAGUUUAAGACCCUUAUCGGUGCAUAUUUUUACAAACGUCAGCGAUCAAGCAGCACUACGACAAAUUUGUCAGAGGUAGCAGCUCUGGAGGUGCAGCUGGGAUCCAGUCACAUAAUGAACUGCUAACGGCGUUGCCUUCUGACAGACGGCUAUCCAAGCAGUUCUCUCGGUUACUUCCUCGAGACGUCAUGACUCUGCCAACAGGACCACCGUGCUCCCGGGGAGGAUGAUAAACUGUUGAGGUUUUUUUUUCAGGAGACAAGCCUGCCAGCUCAGUCAGAGAAAAUCUGCAGGAGCAACUAAAGGAAAUCCUUAAAAGUGUCAGUUUUGGGACAUUUCAAGCUGCACAAACCUUUAUUCAUUCACGUGAUCCUGCCUCUUCAAAUACCCUGGAGGACUGAUGGUUGACUGCAGUUUUAUAAAAUACUAACUCUGCAUUUCCAGGACCACAAUGGACUUUGAAGUAUACAGCACACAGUGACUGCAGUGUUUUCAAUAGCUUCCUAAAGACCAAGUAGCUGUGUAUAUAAACUACUGUACAAGCCUUCUUUUGUUGAAAAUAAUCUUUUGCUUUCUUUUAAUCUAAAAACAUUCAAUAGCAUUACCUUUUUAAUUUUUGCAUCUCUCCAAGUAUGGUUUCGGUUUAUUUGAAUAAGGGUUACAAAAUAGUGCACAUUAAUGCCACAGGAGAGAGAGGUUAUUUAACAGAAUUCCCUACUGAGACUGCCAGUGGACUCUGUGAGCAGACUGAUCAUGCCUUUGUGUAAACCAUGAGAUUAGUAGGCCUCUGUUUUUUAACCCAACACCUUGUUUUCAUACUUCGUUUUGACCCUCUGCUUCACCUGUGUAUCUAAAAAGGAAAAAAAAAAAAAAAGUUGUGACACUGGUUUAUUUAACAGACCUGGGUCAAAUAGUAUUUGCCAAUAAUUCUUAAAGACUAGUUGUAAACCACUUGCAGAAGCAGAUGCAAGAAAAGUGUUUUAUUAGUCAGACUUUGAAAUACGGUAAUUUCCCCAUCUGACACCAUGCAUCUGCUGCUCCAAGCAGGUUAUAAAACAAAACAAACAAAGUGUUAUUUGCAGUACUGUUGGGUCCUGGUCUUUGUAUUUAAUAAUGAUUUUAGCUGUGUUCGGUCACUUCUUCCACACCUGGGUAGCUGAAUUAAAUGGAAAUUGGAAUAUAAAACAAGAAAAGAUAGAUCCACUUUUUACAGUAUUUCAAAUGUCUCAAAAGAGGAAUUGAACGCACCUUGAGUGAUGUUUGGUUGUAUUUUUGCCCACAUGUUCUUUAUUAACCUCUCUCUCUCUCUCUCUCUCUCUCUCUCUGUCUCCUCUCUCUCUUGGAUCUGUGUCUGUAGUCAUACCAGCUCAGCCAGCCUUUCAAACUGCCUCACACUGUAGUCAAAGAGAAACAAAUACUCACAUAGCAACAUUGAAAUAUGUCUUUGUAUGAAAUACUAAAACUAUGUUGGUGGGUUUGUUUUUAUUUUUUCAGUUUUUAAAAUAAAAAAUCAACUCGUUAAUACAGA